AUGUCGAGCGAACAAUUGAAUCAACUGUUGACUACCAAAGUUGAAGACAAUGUUCCAUUGUCGAUUCUGCUACCGAACACUGUUGAGAGGACGCAGAUUAAGCGAGAGAUGGAGAUCAAGCAAGAGAUAGAGAUUAACCAAGAGAUGGAGAUUAAGCAAGAGAUUAAGCAAGAGAUUAAGCAGGAGAUUAAGCAAGAGAUUAAGCAGGAGAUUAAGAAAGAGAUUAAGCAAGAGAUGGAGAUUAAGAGAGAGAUGGAGAUUAAGCGAGAGAUGGAACAUAGUGAUGUGGAAAUGCAUGUACCGAUGAAACAGGAGUUAGAGUCGGAACCUGAGAAUUUCCCACAACCAAUUGGCCAAUUGGUUAAGUUUACUGGUGAGGGAGAAGAGAGGAAACGUCAUUACGAGAAGUUCCAGUUUCAUGGCACCAGAUAUGGAGUAAAUGAUACAGUGGUGCUGACUCCAGAGGGCGAAAACAAAGAGCCCUAUGUUGCGAUCAUAAAGGAUAUUUAUGUAGGAGUCAUAGAAGGAUCUAUGAUGCUUGAAGUACAGUGGUUUUAUCGUCCAGAAGAUGUGGACACAAAAUACGUUAGACACUUGAAAUCCAACGAUGCAAGGGAACUCUUGUACAGUCUCCAUCGCGAUCAAGUGAUUGCUGAAUCUGUGAUGAAAAGUUGCUCUGUGUAUUUUGUGCCAGAGAAUGAGCAAAUCCCAAACUGUGGAGAGGACCAUGAGUUUCUUCUUUUUGUGAAAGUACCAGAGCACCCUGACUUUUCCGUGAGACUGUUUUAUGAUUGUGCUAAGAAGAAGGUGUGGAAGCUCAGUGAAACCAGCUUCACCGAGCAGCAACGGCAAGAUUUUGAUGAUGUUGUGGCAAAGACGAUUGAGAAGAAGAGAAAGUUGAAGAGGAAACAAGCGUUUCCAAAAUGGAAUGCUCCUGAAGGCUUCAAUGUGUACAAUUAA